CCCGGGUGCACGGUUGUGGUCGUGCCCGCGCUCCUGCGCGUGGCACUGCCACGUCCGUCCACGUAGCGCUCCCCUUUGGCUGAACCCGCUUCCCGCGCUAGGCUGGUCGGCGGGUGUUUGGAUUGCGCGCCAUUUUUUUUGUUUUUUUUUCAGAGCGGAUCCGCUGGGGUUUGAAGUAGGAGGUAGUCGCUGUGCCUUCAACGCCACGAUCGUGUCGUGAACCGCCGAGCACGGUCGCCCCGCCCUUUCCUGCCGGGCAAAAUGGCGGCAACGUUCACACAACUCUCCGUCCCCGCCCUUUUUUGCCAAACGCACUUGCACGUGCAUUUGCAUGGGAAGAGCGAAGGGCUUUGUUCAUCAUGGCGGGCCCGAAUCGCUGUUAAAAAAUUCGCUGGUUCUGGAUCGGAAGUGUGCGACUUACACGUGUCGUCCCGAGCUUGCCGCUGGCGCUCAUUGGCCGGCAGAACUUCAGUGUCUCGAGAUUGCCGACGAAGCUUGCGGUUACUACGAUGGACGACGAAUCCCGCGCUAUCGACGGUAAUGGCGGGGAUAAAUUUGUCCACUCGCUCUGUGCCUGUUUUGCCUCGCUGCUGGGCGACGAUAAUGGCGGGGAGAAAUCUGUCCAUGCGCUCUCCCGCUGUUUUUUCGCGCUGCUGGCCGGUGGUAAUGGCGGGAAGAAAUCUCUCCAUGCGCUCUGAGACUCCCGCUGUUUUGUCCCGCCGCUGGCCGACGACAAUGGUGAGAAGAAGGCUCUCCGUGCGCUCUCUCGCUGUUUUGCCGCGAUCUUGGCCGUGGAUGGAUGACCGUUGGCCGUGGAUGGCUGACCGUCGGCGCGGCCUCGAGAAUACCGAGCAACUGAUCCGCGGGUGGAAGGGAGGCAAGCGCCCUGCGGGUCAUCGGGCUGGUCGGGAUCAGCACGUUUUCCGUUGCCGUCUUGAAGAAAAAGCGCACCUUUCACUGACUCUGAGCAGAAGUAGAUAUGGAGUUGGAGGCGGAAGGUGGCCUGCGCAGAAAGAGCUGACUGGAAUGAGAAGGAGGAGGAGAAGAGGACGGGCCGUGCCGUUAGGUGCUGUCGCCAAGCCCGCGGAUAUGAACGCCGUGGACUCCGAAGACGAUGCCGACGCCCUGGCCGGCGAUGGAAGCGGUAAAUCCACGGUCAGAGAUCAAUGGGCAUCCAAAGGAUUGGAUGGAAGAGACAGUGCUGAUGUUGUGGUGAUCGGGAGUGGCAUUGGAGGGUUGUGUUGUGGUGCUCUUUUGGCACACUAUGGAGAGGAUGUUGUCAUCUGUGAGAGCGCAGCGAUACCUGGUGGAGCCGCCCAUUCAUUUGAACGGAAUGGGUACUUCUUUGACUCUGGUCCAUCCCUUUUCUCUGGUCUUUCUUCCCGUGGCAUGCAGGCCAAUCCCCUCGCUCAGGUCUUGGAUGCGAUUGGAGAGCCCAUCGAGUCCAUCAAAUAUGAUGGUUGGAUGGUGUACCUUCCAGAAGGAGACUUCAUGACGCGCUUAGGGCCAGAUAAUUUUAAGCAGAUUUUGCUGCAGAUCUGUGGCCCAAAGGGUAUCUCGGAGUGGGAAACUCUGCAGGCGGCUGUGUCUCCACUUGCAAAGUCUACAAUGGCCUUGCCUCCAGCGGCAAUUCGUGGGGAUGCCGGAGUUGCGAUCACUGGCUUUGCACGGUAUGCGGGAUCAAUGUUACAGAUAAUUGCAGAAGGUGGCCCUGCGGCAAUCCUUGGGUACCCAAGACUUCUGGGUCCUUUCUCUGAUUUUGUUAGUUCAGUUGGUGUAUCAGAGAACUUUGUCCUGAACUGGAUUGAUCUCUUGUGCUUCCUGCUCUCGGGGCUUAAGGCAGAUGCCACUCUAGCAGCUGAAGUGAUCUAUAUAUUCAAUGAAUGGUACCGUCCAGGCUGUGCUUUGGAGUACCCGAAGGGAGGAACUGGCGCUAUUAUCGAGGCUCUUGUCCGGGGCCUGGAGAAGCAUGGCGGCCGCUUGGCUUUGCGCACACAUGUGGACCAGAUUCUUGUGGAAGGUGGGAGAGCAGUGGGAGUGAAAUUGAGAGGUGGCCGAACUCUAAAAGCACGAAAGGCUGUGGUCAGCAAUACGUCCAUUUGGGACCUGAUGAAACUCCUGCCUAAGGGUGCGCUGCCCAGGGAGGAUAUGGAAAGGGGAUUAAGGACCCCACAAUUAGACAGCUUCAUGCAUCUUCAUCUGGGAGUGGAUGCCAAGUAUGUUCAUGAUAACUUGGAGAUCCACCAUACCAUUGUAAAUAACUGGGAUAUCGGAAUCGAUGCACCGCAGAAUGUCGUCCUCAUAUCUGUUCCAACUGUACUGGAUGCAUCUCUUGCACCUCCGGGAAAGCACUUGGUUCAUGCGUAUGUUCCAGCCACUGAGCCAUAUGUGAUUUGGGAGGGACUGGAUCGACAGAGUGCGGAGUACAAGGCCCUCAAAGAAGAACGCUCAGAGGUUCUCUGGAAAGCAGUCGAGCGCGCUUUGGGUCCAAAGUUUCGACGGGACCUGGUCGAAUUUUCUCUGGUCGGUUCGCCGUUGACUCAUGAGCGCUUUUUGCGGCGAGACAGAGGAACCUAUGGCCCUGGAAUUAGGGCAGGAAAGGAAAUAUUCCCAGGCCCAACUACCGCUCUUCCUGGGCUCCUCUGCUGUGGCGAUUCCACUUUCCCAGGUAUUGGGGUACCGGCGGUUGCAGCGAGUGGAUUUUCUGCUGCCAACACAUUGGCACCGCUAUGGAAACAUUGGCAGCUAUUGGAUGCCAUCAAAGUGUGAAAUAAUCCGUAACCAACGGUCUUUUUUUUCCAUGUUUUUGUUCGAGAUCCCUGUCCAUUUGUUUGGCCCCUUCCAUCAAGUUUGAUGCAAGUAUUAACUUCAAAUGCAAUCAAUGUAUUUGUCCAUCAAAUUGCUUGUUAAUUGUCUGUGUCAUUUCUCUUCUUGCACACUAAGUCUUCUGUAUUGCCUCCGCCUCACCUGCAGAGGAAGGAGAAUAAUUCAAUGGCCGGAUGCAGGCCUUGCUCGUCUACUUCAGGGGGAUUGUAUGACAGUAUCAGCCUCAGAAUGUGGACAUAGUGCCAUUUGCACAGGUUGCCGGGAUAACUGGUAAGACCUCUGUUGCUCUGCUAACUAAGACACCUUCAGUGGAAUGAAGAAUUCCGGAACGU